AUGGGUAUCUGUUCUAAUCGACAGAAAGAAAAUUUGCAUACAGACUUUGAUAACAUUCCUUUGUUAACGCGAGGGGAACUUGGAUUUGAUAUAAUUGUCGAAAAUAUAAAAGUAAAAAUGGAUGAUUUAGUAUAAUGUUUAUUAAUUAUAUUAAGUAAAGUUGCAAAGUGAAGGUGAUAAUUUCGAAUUAUUCAACCUUUGAAACUGAAAUUGAGAGUGAAAUUUCAGGAUAAUUUUAUGUAAUUAAAUCAUAAUCUUUAGUUUAAACAUGUUCACAAGUUUUAAUUGAAAACCACUGAGGAAUAACUAAAAUAACAAUAUGUUAUUGUAGAACUUAAGAGUGACAAGGAUGAGUAGAUUUCAUCAUUUAAUCUGAACUUGUAUUAGAUCGCUACAGGUCCAUUUCAUUUUGAUUACGAAUUCUCUUAAUAAGGAAAUAAAAAGCAUGGAAAAGUGAGUUUUGAUUUUAGGAUGGCACAAAUUCUUAUUGUUAGAUUUAUUCCAAAACUCAUUGAUUUCAACAUGGAGGAGCCUUUAAAUAAGAAUGAAUAUUGUUUCUAAUUGAGGAUGCUGACAUCACAAUUACAAUUUCAUUCUGAAUACUCGCCUGUCUUUCAAAAUCAAUUAUUCUAUAAAUCAUAAUAAAUAUAAUCCAAUAAAUAAAUAUUAUGGAAAGACUCAAAAGUUGAAAUGGAAGUAGAAGUACCUUUAAUUGAAAUAACCUCAUCCUCUAUUUAAAUUGCUUUGUGCUAUAUUGCAAAGGAUGGCACAAAAGAAAUAGAAUCUGAGGCAUAUGUUAAUUUAAAUUAUGCAUUAAAUUAAAAAGCUGAAUGCGUAAUUAUUAAGAAAUAAUUCUUAGAUUAUUGAUAAGGGCAUUAAAUCUUAUAAGAUAGACUGGAAAUAAAACAAUAGAAGAGUGUGGAACCAUGGAGUUUUAGAAGGCGUGCUUAAUUACCAUUUAGAAAUCAGACUGCCAUUUCACCUAAAAUAGCAAAUAGUUGGAGUUCGUACUGACAAAGGAGUAUCCUAAGGAACCAGAGUGAUCAAUUAAGCCAAAGCAAGUCUAAGGGAGAUUCAAUAAUUAAGUUCUGCUGGAUAAGGUUUAUUAGAUACUUAAUACAUUAUAUUUAGUAAAGUAAUUAAAUGAUUAAAUUGUUUAAUAGGCUGAACCUGACUCUUAAUUGAUACAAUAAUAGAAUGAUUUUAUCACUCAGAUCAUUGAAAAUUUAAAGUUAAGUCAUAAACAAUCUAUGAUUUGUUUUGAAUACAAAACUCAAUAGGAUCUCUUCAACUCCCAAAAACUAUUAGUUGAUUUAGCCAUUAAAUUAUUAGAAACUGCAGAUUAAUAAUAAGAACUAUUAAGAGAAUAAUACUACACAAUACUUAAAUUAAUAAUGAAUAGAGGGGAACUAAGUUUGGCUUAACUGGGAUUUUCUGAUUAAACACAAAAAACAAAUGACAAACUUCUAAAGUUUAAAAUGGAAAUUGGUUUAAAUUAUUAGAUAUUUUUAUAAAAAGGUUUAUCAAUCACUUUAGAAAAGUUGAAGCAAAGGUCUUUGGCACAAAAUGAAAGAUCCUUUGUUGAAAACUUCUUUGCAAAUGCAUAUUUUAGAAUACCAGAAUUCAGAAAUACUAUAAUUGUAAGUGUAUAACGAUCAAAUGACGAAUAAAUUCCAGAAUGGAGAUCAUUAACUAAAUCAAGUGGAGGGAUUUCUAAUUAAGAAUUUAUUGAUAUUUUUGAUUGGAACAAGCAUUUUUAUGAGUAUCUAAUGAAAGAACCGAAAUAUUAUGGCAAUAAUCAUAAAAUGAAUGAAAUUAUCAAUCAACCUUAGUGGUAAAAAUAAUUCGGAAAAAGAGGAAGUGUUUUCUUUUUAUUUAUCAAAGAAUGGUGUGAUUUGUUAAAUACUUACAUAGUUAAUAGUAAAAAUGUACCAUAUCAUUAAUUACCUGGAUAUUUUCAACUCAUUAAGGCGUUUUUCUCAGAAUUAAAAUCAAGAGAAAUAUGCAAUUACCCAGAAGCUCUUAAAAUAGCUUUAUGUUCUUUGCUUAAAAACACCAAUUUACUAAAUACAAUAAUAAUCAUCUUAUUCAACAAAGUUAGUUUAUACAACUCUGAUGAUGUAAUUCAUUGUUUAGACCUAUUAAAUAAAUGUUUUUAAAAGAUAAGCCAAUUCAAUUUAUGUAUGCCAUCAUUCUUGGAUUAAAAAUACUUUUUAAAUGGAAUUAAACUUAUCCUUACUUAGAGUGAACAUGCAUAAAGCAUAGCAAAAUGCUUAGAAUUGAUCUACUCCAACUAUAUAUUAUUUCCAGGUAUAUUUAAAUAACUAAAUAUCUUUAGUGGAUCUCAAGAAAGAAUUGACUGACAUGAUAUUUGAAAACUUAGCAAUCAAAUUUUUCAUUCAUUGGUCUUAUAAUGUCAGAUUGAUAUUUCGCUAGUUUCUGAUAUAUCGCAUAUUUCAUUUGCAUAAGCCUCUUAAAGAUAGAGAAUUUAAUGAAGAGUAUAAAAUUAAGUUUAUUUUAGAGAUCUAAUUGAAAAAUAUUAGGAGUAAUUAAAACCAAAGAAACAACACAGUUAUUUUGACUAAAGAAAUUCCUCCAAAUAGAUUAUAGUAUAUAUUGUAAUUAAUUUAAUAGUCUUAAUAUAUCUACUUAAAGUACAUUAGAUUUAUGUAGCAAAUAGAAGAAGGCAAACACCUAUCCAAACUAAAAUCAAGUCAUUUUAUUUUGGACAAUGUUACUAGAAUUGAAGAACUAAAAUAUAAGCUUAAGAAAUUAUAAUCAAAAGUUUAGAAUAGAUAAAAAGAUGAUAGUUUUGUUUAGUAUUCUUUUAAAAUUAUCCCUGAUGAUUAACUCGAUGAUACAGUGUUACCAAAUCAAUCAAUAGAACAAAACUCAGAAAAACCUGUUUUAUAUAAAGGGAAGUAGCCUUUAUAAAAAAUUACAUUGACCGAAACUUAAUUGAAAUACUUAAUUUAAGCCUGUUCAGAAUAUGAAGAUUCCAUCCUAUAAUAUUAAAAAUGGAGAUAAACUAACAUACCUGAUAAUUAUAAUACUUUAACAGAAGAAUGUAAGGAGUUUUUAUAAUCUAUAGAAAUAUUAACUGUAAUCGAAUCAUUCGUCGUACCUGUUGUAAGAAUUCUAGAAAUUUAAGAUUAAAAUGAAGGAAAUCUUAUACAGAGAGAUGAUUGGUGA